UUUUAAUAAGAAGCCAAUUUAUGUGUCUUAUUAUAGUUUUUGGCCUCCUUUAUCGAGAUUCCAUACGAAUAUUUAGGUUUUUUAUGACGAAAAUUUUUAGAUCCUUAUAAAUAUUUAAAUCUAACAGUUUCUGUACCUUAGCCUGUUGUACCAGAAAGUUCCGAGCUAUCGAUCGCAGCGGCAAACAUGGCCAUGCCCCAUUUUCUGUUCUAUUCCAUUGUGGUUGUUUGUUUAGCAUGCAUCUGCAAUGCCAUUCUGAUUGGAAGAUUGCGGCAAAAGGAAGAACCAGCUUCAAAUGUUGUACCAACUUCUCGCUUUCUGUUCCCCAAGGGUGAUGACAUGCCAUCCUGCAAAACUGACCAGGGUCUAUGGGGUAUGUGUGUUGACGUUCGAAUGUGCUACGCUGCCAGAAGAGCAAUAAAUGCGGGCAACCACCCUGUUCGAUGUGGAUGGAUCAACAACUUCGUUCCCAAGGUUUGCUGUCACCCGGACCAAGUCCAAUAUCCAAAAAUGGUCUUCAGACCUCAGCGAUACAACAGGUCACAAAGAAGACAUGACUAUUACUGAUGCUAUUCCAGUUGCAUUUCAUUGCAUGCACCACAUGAAAAUAUAUUUACAUUUUCUUUUC